CACUUUACUCGCACAGUACACUGUACUUGUCCCUGAAGAUCAAGAGCAAGAAGCACCUGACAUUGACAAGCCACCCAGUAGCUUCAAUGGGAAUAAUAGGAGAUUUUAGACCGAUCAUCUGGGAACUGAAAGCCGAGGGACUGGUCUCGAGUUCGAAGCCUGCGCUGCCACACAUUAUGUAUGUGGAUGCUCCGGAAAAUUCUGAGCUGCGGAUCGUGGUUACUGACUUCAAGUAUAGUACUUGGAUGGCUGUUAAGUCUGUUAUUCAGCUGGAGAAUAUGAAGGUUAACAUUGGAUAUGGGGGAGAAUUUUCUUCGUUUAUUGAGUAUGUCGGGACUUCACUUAAAUCAAGGGAUACGAAGAUUGUUUUCGAAGGGCAAUCAAUAGAAGACGGUCCUGCAUAUGCAAAACUAGUUGGUCAAGAGUCAAAAGAGAUGCCACUAGUUUGUUUUCACCUUAAUAAACUUGUGGGAGCUGCUGCGGUUGAGGCUGCGGGAAAUGUCUCGCAGGAACUUUUCAAAGAAUAUAAAAGCAAACAUGAAUCACUUGUAAAAGAGCAAGAGCGCCUAUACCAUCUGUCAGAAGCAAGAACUGCUGAACGGAGAAAAAGCGAUGAUCUUCAGAAGGCUCUUGAUAUGAUUAUGCAUCCUAAAAGGCUCAAGACAAAACACAUGAAUGAAAGAUCAACCUCAGAUUCUCUUUCAGUGUCCACAUUGCAACAAACUCAAGCUGUUGGCAAGGAAGCGGAUGUAUCCAAGGAAUCAACAACAGUCAGUAACAAUGUUGUACCAGCUCAUCACAGGGAAAAAUUACCAGAAAUUUCUCCACAGAAUAUAAUCCUUAUAGAUGAUGAUGAUGAUGAUAAGUAGUCUUGCUAUGUAUCCACAAUGUUGAAUGUAGGUUGACAUAUAAUUCUUGCUGAAAGGAAAGUAACAAGGAUGGUCUAGAAGGGUUUAGUGUAACAAUAGAAAUUUGCCCAAGCCUUGCAGGUUUGUUUGAUCAUCUACAAAGAGUAUAUCUGGUUUACAUACAAUUUAACUAGUACAUUUACCAUCAAUUGAGCAGUCAGCAAUCGGUAACAGAUUGUUAUAAGCAUGUUAUGAAAACUUUUCCAUUGGAUCUUCAUGUUAUUUUUCCAAUUGGCUUUCUGUACUUUA